AUGACCUGUGAUUUCAUCUGCUAUUGGGCCAGAAAUCCCGAACCUCAAACGUGGUUUCGAGACUUCUGCCAUGCAGACUUCUCGGGAAUGCGCAUCUUUCUUGAACAAAUCACAGUGAGACCAGCUCCAGUAAGAGAACUAUAUAGGACCAUUGUCCAAAAUGUUCACGAGGCUGACGCAACGUUUGUCCCAAAAAAACCGCCACGCACUCGGAUGAACCGCAGGCUGCCAGAAAGGAUUCGGCGACUUCUGGAAAAAAUAUACCAACUCUCUUUGAAGAAGUUGACCACAGGGUAUACAGAAGGUGAGGUGGCAUUCCGUAAAAUGCGGGACCGCUGUAAAUCGGAAAUGCGCAAUUGGAACAUACGGAAACAAGCCACCAUCCUGGACCUCGCUCGAAAAAACAAAAACGUAUGGUUCAAAUACGCGAUACAUCGCCGCAGAAACAAGCCAUCCGCCUUCUCCUUGGGGGACAGAUACGAAGAACCGACGAACGACACAACAGUGAGAACACUACGCGUGUCUAUACUCAGCCCCAGUCCCACACGCCCCGCUGCUCCACAAACUAAAGGACCAGUGCUGUUUCUGAUCUACGUCAACGACCUCCCAGAUGUUCAUGCAAGUCCAUGUAUACCUUUUGCGGACGACUUGAAAUCCUGGGGUACCAAUGCCAGUGCCCUCCAAAUGGAUGUACCCGCUGCCAAGCAGUGGUCGUUGGGCUGGCAUCUGACUCUGAAUGAUGAAAGGUGCGUCCGUAUGUCGUUUGGAAGAGACUCAGCGAACGCCUUUGUUAUGCAUGGUAAGAAAGGACCAGAAAACAUCAUGAGGAUAGAUGCCAAAAAGGAUUUGGGCUUCUGGGUCUCCUCAAACUUGUCCUUCUCACUGCACCAUGAGAAAUCGGCCCGAAAAGCAUUAGCCAUUUUACGGAUGAUCCGACGCACCUUCUCCCGUACUACUCGCAUGGACUUCCAAAUACUCUAUGGGGCCUACGUCAGACCGCUCCUGGAUUUCGCCAACCAAGUUGUCUACUCAGGACGCACGAAAGACGUCACCCUCAUUGAGCGUGUCCAGCGAGCCGCUACGAGAAUGGUUGCCGGCCUCAAAUCCGUGGACUACGAAACGCGUCUCGCGAUGCUUGAUCUCUUUCGUCUGGAGUACCUCCGCCUUCAAUGGGACCUAAUUCUUACUUACGCCCUCUUGGCAAAUAGGUUUUUCUUACCGUUGAACCAGCAAACACACAACGGGGACAUAGUGAGAAAAUUUUCAGCUCAGAGCUUACUUACGCCCUGUUUGAAUAAAGCUUGGCAAAUAGCAAACACACAACGGGGACAUAGUGAGAAAAUUUUCAAGCUCAGAGCACACACAUUAGACAAAAAUUUUUCUCAUUUUGGGCAGUGGGUCUGUGGAAUGACCUUCCUCCGACGGUUGUCCACGCUCUUUCUAGAACCCACAAUUAUCUUAUCUCGGUUACCAGCAUCAGGUACGGACAACGAUACAAAAUCACCGAAUCUCAUAUCGGAUGCCAUAUUUUUCGACUUCUCAAAAGCAUUUGAUAGGGUCCCACACGUCCCGCUGCUCCACAAACUCGAGUCUUACGGAAUUCAAGGGAAAAUCCUUCGCUGGAUCAAGGCGUUCCUAUCAGACAGGUCAUUCCGAGUGAGAAUAGGCUCAACCUAUUCCUCUCCAGCGCCGGUCUCCAUUGGAGUUCCUCAAGGCUCCGUCUUGGGACCACUCCUGUUUCUGAUCUACGUCAACGACCUCCCAGACGUUCUUGCGAGUGAACGACAGCCACUGACCGACAAGAACAAAACCGACCCGGGAAUCUUGGGCAAAAGCCUCGAUCCUGUGUAUCAAUCCCCACCAAAGAAGGCUGCCGAGAAGAAAAAGAAGAGGACAAGUAAGAAUACAACGGUUAUUCAUGGAGUGAGCACGGCGGAUAUGACGAAGGAAGAGAUAGAAGCUUUUGUCAUACUACUCAGAGAGGAGGUUGAUCGUGAAAGACAGGAGCGGAACCUUGCAACCCUGGAGAAAGAAAAAAUAAUAAAUUUUUGGGAACUUACCAAAAAGCAACUCGAUGAUUCGCGUGCCGUCCUCGCAAAGAAGGAAAGAGAGAUAGAAGAUGCGGACGAACGGCACCAACUGGAAAUGAAGAUUUAUCGUCAAAAAUUGAAACACUUGAUGUUUGAACAAAAUGCCAAAGAAUCAGAAGCCAAAAAGGAGGCAAUUCAAGGACUGAGUAAUGAAAAAGACGAAGCUCGGGCAGAGAUAAGAGCGAUUCGGAAUGAGAACUACGCAUUAAAAGCAAAGUUACGCCAGCAGCAAGUACAAUCGGAGGAAGCUGUAAAGAUGCUUAAGCGACAGCAUGAGCUUGAUUUAGCACACAUCAGACAGGAUUUUUCGCGCCAAAUAGAGGAAAUUGAGGCACGAGCAGCAAAACAAAUGAACAUGCUCCGGGAACAGAUUGACACACAACGUCGAGUAGAGGUUCACAUGACCGAAGAACACAAGAACAAACAUAUCCAAACUCUGGAAGCCAACCAUGAACGUGCGUUUGCCAAUAUGAAAGCUUACUACAACGAUAUAACUCUGGGAAAUAUUAGUGUCAUCAAAACGUUAAGGGAAAAUAUUGAUGAACUACGAUCACAGCUGGGACGGGCACAAAACUUGCUUGAGUCAACGCAGUCUGAACUGGAACAGAAGACACAAACACUGUGCAAGCUGGAUAAAGAAAACGCUCACUUACGUCAUGUUGCAAAGUUAUACGAAAGCGAAAAAAUUGCACACAUGCUGACCAAGCAGAAUGCUAAGAAAACGGUUCUGGCAAUGCAGAAGACUGAAAUGAACCUGGACAUCAUGACGGAAAGGUUCGAUGCGCUAGAUAAAAUGCGCAGUGGUCUCGCGUCCCAGUUUGAAAAGCUUUUGAUGAAUGUUCAACAGCGCACGGGAUUGAGGGCUUUGCUGGUGGAGCGGAAAUUGAAGCACCUAACUGAAGCCCUCGAAGCUCGUGAGGCUCAAAUCACGCAGCUUGUGAUCGCACUGAACAGCGAUCCAUCCGCUGUGGAACACGCGCGUCAACACUUGGAGGAACUGCUACGCAAGAAAAACACUGCGAUCGAGGAGCUACAAUAUGAAGUGAUGCGAAUGGGAAAAGCCUAUAAUGAAUUGUGGGCGACAUGUCAACGGAAGUUGGUGGAUGAAAUGAACUCACCAGUAAACCUAGGAAUCAUGCCAGUCAAAGUUAACGUGAACCUAACAUCGCCAUUCAAUCCUUCGACGGCUAUCGGUCAGAAAGUUGCCGACAAUACAAAUUCAGAAGAAAGUUCGCAAAAACUAUUAGGCGAACCGAAAUCCACAAUUGUACCGAUGGGUCAGGGUCCAACAGGAUUGGCAUCAGUUGCUCCGUUUUGAUUUCUGCUCCACUUCUCAUUGAACUGGUAUAUCGGGAUCUCGAGGAUAUGAACUAUGACGACCGUAACAAAACACACGACCAAAGACAAAUGAUUUAUCGCAUAAUUAGUGAUUGAAUAAGGGACAAAACCAGCAAAAUAAGGUCGAUUUGGAACUUUACGCGACCACACUAAAAUUCUCUGAGUUCAUAUAACCGCAAAUUCUACAUAACCUUCGAAUUUCCAUCCUCAUAUUUGUCAGAAGAAUGAACCUUGUGACAGCAUGAGUUUUUUUAUUGAACAAAUUUGUGGAAAUGCACGAACAGGUUUGCAUCCGCUGAACAUUUAUGGCGCAUCUAGAUCUAUGUACGGACGUCGCGGAAAACCACGCCUGUGCAAGAAAAAAAUUAAACAUGUGCUUCAACAAAAAAUCAGGACAACGACACCCAAAGUACAGACCCACUAAAUAAAAAGGUUACCUGACUUUCCGCUAAGAUUCUGAAAAAUGAGCGCCAUCCUCAGGAAGAGGCCUUUUUAGCGGCAGCAUUAACAAAUUCAGUGGCAUCAUUUCAGCGUCACGGGGAGCAAAAC